UCGCAAGCAUGUCGAUCCAAGAUCCCACGAGGGAUCCCGCUUUUAAGACAAAUCUUUUAACGACUGACGCCUUAACUGUAACAGUUAAUAGUAUAUUGACAAAUAAUGACGAAGAUAAACUCGAUUUGAUCGCAUCCUCUCUCCCUCCGUUCCCUCCGGAAUCCGAUGAUGUGAUGGAGGCGGAAAUGAAAAUCGAACCAAAUAAUAAUAUUCUUCCUGUUUUAAGGGACAUCCUUCCGAUCGGUGAGGAUUGUGGCAUCCAGCCUUUGGAGACUGCUAAACCAAAAACCAAAAAACGUAAGAAACUAGAGAAGGAAAAAGCGCCUCUCUUCACAAAUGAUGGUAAUGAGACGAGUGGGGGGGACGGCUUGCGUCAGGGUAAGCCUUCUCCUUCUGACCCUCUAUUUAAUAAGGACGGGCUUGACUUGUCAUCCCUUAUGGAUGCGAAUAGAUAUGACAGGACCUCGCAGGAUCCUUACGAUGUCAUUAUACAGACUCCGGAGGGUUCUCCCUCCUCGAUUGACCCCAUCGCUGUAGGUCGCUUCUUGUAUUCCAUCUCCAAAAAAGAUAUAGUAGAUAUUAAAAAGACAGGCUUCUCAAAAAUUAGUAUUCAGUUGAAAUCCAGAGAAGCGGCAAAUAACCUAAUUUCUAACCCAAUACUCAAGGCAUUUAUACCUUUGUUUAGGACUACGAGGAAAGGAAUAAUUCGAAAUGUUCCACUUGACCUCUCGGACGAGAAGAUAUAUCGGGGAAUAGACUGUAGGAUAGCGAUUUCCUCCGUGAGGAGACUGAACAGAAGGGAAAGGGGUGCAGAGGCAUCCGCUCUCCCUGGAGAAACUCAGGGAUUGGGCCUGGUCCCCUCCAAAACAAUAUCCGUCGUCUUUAAAGGACAGAUCUUGCCAAGCUCAAGUCCCAAUGCAAGGGCCACCCCCGUUGUCAACAUUGCGGGGAUAGGGCACAUGAGGAGGCAACCCAAUGCCCAAAAAGAGAUGGCCCUCCAUUUUGCAUAAAUUGCAAGGGCCCGCAUAAGGCCACAAGCUUCGCUUG